CGCAACAGAAAGCUUGUAAGUUAAGUUUUAGCUGGUGUCAAAACAUUAUAACGUUUCUGACAUGAAGAUUAUAACUGUGAUUGGCAGUGGGCUGAUAGGCCGCUCCUGGGCUAUGUUGUUUGUCAGUGGAGGCUACAAUGUGAAGAUCUAUGACAACCAACCAGGACAGUCUACCAAGGCCAUCACAGAGAUCAAGAAACAGCUGGUGGAGCUGGAGGAAGCCCACAUGCUGCGAGGGGAGCUGUCUGCUGCGCAGCAACUUGCCCUUCUCAGCAGUUAUGAUGACCUGUCUCAGGCACUGGAUGGAGCCUUCUUUGUGCAGGAAUGUGUAUUUGAGCAGCUGGAGGUAAAGCAAAGCAUCUUCCAUGACAUGGAGCGUUUUGUGGGAAAAGACGUCAUCCUGAGCAGCUCCACGUCCUGCCUAGUGCCCAGCAAAGUCUUUUCUAAAGUCCAGAAUAGGAGUCGCUGCCUCGUCUCUCAUCCGGUAAACCCACCCUACUAUGUUAAACUGGUGGAGCUGGUACCUCACCCAGAGACAGCAGCAGCCGUUAUGGACACCACCCAUGCUCUGAUGACCAAGGUUGGCCAGGCACCUGUCCUUCUGAAAAAAGAGAUCGAUGGCUUUGCCCUAAACAGAGUUCAAGCCGCCAUUAUUGCAGAGUCAUGGAGACUAGUUCAGGUUAGUGUUUUCUGGGCAUGUGGGUGGGGAGUUGUGUUGAGGAGCCAGUUUUUCAAAGCACUACCAACUUCAAGCAAGCCACCAAACAGGUCUCUGGAGGCCAGAGCCACCUCCAGGAGACUGGAACACCCUUGA